UCAUAACAUUCUCACUCACUAUAACUAACCAUUGAAGAAGUGCAAUUUCGUCCUCUAACACUCUUCCAAAUCAUGGCUAGCUCACUGCUUGUGAGGGUUGCCAGCUGCAUGGUUGUGGUGUGGAUGUUUAGUUUUGGGCACAUAAUUCCCUUGGCAGAAGCUGAAAUUCCAUGUGGCAGGGUGCAAAUCACUGUGGCUCCAUGCAUAGGGUACCUAAGGGGUUCUGGUGGAGGUGUCCCUGCACCAUGCUGCAAUGGGGUUAAGAGCAUAAACAACCAAGCCAAAACCAUCCCAGAUCGUCAAGGGGUGUGUAGGUGCCUCAAAAGCACUGUUUUGAGCUUGCCUGGACUCAAUCUUGCAACCCUUUCAGCCCUCCCUAGCAAGUGUGGGAUCAACUUGCCCUACAAGAUCACCCCCACCAUUGAUUGCAACACGGUAAAGUACUGACAGUUUGCUCGAGGGUUUUACGCUUGUUGACUUUACACUUGUUUCGCAGUAAUAACCAGCAAAAGAGGGAAUAAAGAUGGUUUAAUUUCCUCCAUUGUUUGGAUCCCACUAGGGAGUAUAAUAAUGUUGAUUGUCCAAAAUGACAUAUAUUGGAUUUUCUGUCACUAAUAUACAAGAAAAUCAUUCUUCUACA